AUGUACAUUCCACAGAAACGGGAUCUCAGCCGGAAGAAUGGCAUCUUCAUCAUCUGUGCCUCCAUAAUUCUCUUCGUCCUCUCAUCGGCCACGAUCUGCUACUUCGGGGCUCGAUGGCUUCGGCAACGGUACUACGAACCAAAGUAUAUUCCCGGUCAAUACUUGAAACGCAAGUGGAAACACUGGUGCCCUGGUAGCGCCUCCUAUGGUCAGGUCUACAAUCCAAACGCUGGAACGCCUGAUAAUGGUACCUCAUAUCGCGGCGGAGGUGGAAUCAACCCUGAGAUGACGACCGCGGAUGCUGCCAAUCCCAAUGUUCGCCGAGAGACAUCCAUCCGAUCCAUCAUCACCCUGCCCCCUUACUCUGCUAGCCCAAAGCCGACCGAGCAAGUCGUCGCUCGGGAAGGUGAGCGAGGUGGAAUGGACAUGGUCGUGGAGUUCCCCGAAACUCAAGACGAACAAGAGACACGUCGCGAGGAUCAAAUGGACGCUUUAUACCAGCUGCGUGUACAGAGACGCCAACAAGCCGCCGACCGCGAAACCCGCCGUAAUGAGAGACGAGCAGCACGAGCCCGUGGCGACUCGGUGCGACUCGAAGAACUUACGGCAGAAUCUCGUGCUCGGAACAAUCGUGCUCGCGGAGAGAGCAAUACCUCACUCAGUGCAUCGGCUGUCAUUGCUGAGCAUCAAGCCCGUGAACGAGAUAGGCGUAUCUCCAGCGUCAGCUACGCGGAUAUCGGACAUGUCAGACACGACGGAUCUCGUCUUCGAGCCGAUUCACACGAUUCAGAUCACCACCCGCUUCUACAGAAUGCCUCGCUCAAUAUGUCAUCGCCUUCCCUGGCUGACCCGUCCAUGCACUCGCGAGGGGAAUCCAUGGCAUCGUCCAUCAUGACUACGGAUACGGCUGUGACUGAAGUCGAUCAAUGGGCGCUGCGGCCCACGUCAACUCGUGGAUCGGGAAACCCACUUCCCCAAACCGACGAAGAGGACAUCGGAAAUUUGAAUAUUGUUCCCCCACCACCCGAGUACGAUCAUCUCGAAUGGGGCGAUGCGCCCGCCUACGAAAGUCCCACCCGAGAACGAGCCGCUGACUCCAAUCGCCCGCCGCCUCUUCUGACACGUCUACCAUCGAUCCACGUCAACAUCGCCAGUCCUAUUACUAUUUCGCCGAUAUUUUCGUCAGGACUGCCGUCUCGAGAGGAUGAAAACCGCACGCCGACUCCGCCAGGUCCGGCACGAAGCGACGUUUCGGAUAUUCAAGCGGAGCAUACAGGAUCCACUGACAGCCACCCUCCUGUUUCACGAUGA